AUGGGAGUCGAGUCCGAAGGCGUCGGCUGCCUUCGCCUACCGUUCCUCCUGUUCACUUCCCUCCUCCUCAUCCCAUUUUCGUCCGGAGAACCACACUCAAAGACCAAGUGUUCGUUGGAAUGUUUCGCACUUUGCAUGCAAUCUGGAACGGUAAGUGCCCCUUCUCUUUAUCCUUUUCCGCGUCCUCCGAAAAGUGACUCAAAAACAAGUGAAAAUGGGAAAUUGAAAUGGAAAUGGAAAUGGCGAUUUGUGUGUCACUUCUUCUUCUUCUUCUUCUUGAAGAUGAGUAGGAUGGAUAGGCGGGAGAGAGAAGAGGUCAAAUUAUCGAGCGGGUCAUCGCCGAAAGUGUUUUUUUUUGUGACUGCUGCCAAUUCGCGGGAAUUUGUUGCGGGAAGUAUCGCAAAGUGGGCUUUAGAUGAAUGAAAAGAGUGAGUGGGGCGUCGGGUAAUUGAGGAAUGAAACGGCGAUAAGAUUGACUUUGAAUUGAAUUCAAAAGUUUUCAGCCUUCUGCAUCGAUCUGCAAUUGUCCAGUGUCUAAGGAAACGAGGAAUUGCACUCGGUUCGACGCCGAUCUUCUGAUAGCUGAAGUGUCCGCAAGCAUUCCAAAGACGAAAUCCGAGUACGUGGAUGCUCACAUGAUCCGAGUUUCGAUCGAUCCGCAGCCGGCGGCGUUCGCCUACGUCUUCGAGUACUCCACAAUUUCGACGGAACCAGACAGAUGGAACUUCGCCGUGAGAUCUUUUGUCCUUUUCCUUCUUCUUCUUCUUUUCCUUCUUCUUACUUUCGCCGUCACAACGACCUCAAUCAUCUUUGCUGAUUAACUAAUCUGAAUUCCAGGGCGCAUCGGCGAAACCGGAAGCGGUCUUCAGCAUUCUCGAUCCGUGCCGCGACUACCAGUUCCGCGUCCUCAUCGUCGUGCGAAGUUCGAACCCGGCCGACGUGUUCGACAUCAUCCGUCCGCAGCCGAUUCCCGUCCAAUUGCCACCGUUUAUCCUGAGUCAACAACAGGUGCGUCCGCCGCUGGGCUACUUAUUUCUGUCUCUUGAACUGUUCAGAUCUCAAUCGAAAUGCCACGUGUGAGUGGUGCCAACUCGUCCGACGAUCUGAAGCUAUACGUGAAAUGGACACUUCCGUCCGGCUACAUCGACGGAGACAUUUACAGUUACGAGUCGCCGGCCCUCUAUCCUAUUCAAUGCAGCACUCCGGAGGGCGAAAUCCCGACUCCGCGGAUCGAAAUCGUGAAAGGAGGCGGUCGAUUGGCAGUGUGGCUGCCGCCUUCCGUCCUCGAAGCGAGGUGUCGGAUGUGGGUGGAAGUGCGUAUGCUGCCGAGGUGUGUGCGUCUCGAGCCGUUCAACAUUCAGAAGAACAUCGAGAUCGACUGCUCCAAGAACCCGGAUCUCGAGAUUUGCAAUAGAGGUGAACAGUUACAGUUAACAGUUAGGAUGUCUAUGUAAUGUACAAUUCUAGAGUCCAAUCCGAUAUGUUUUGAAUCCGUGAACGUGUCUGGAGAGCGCGGAAAGGCAAAGAUCAGCUGGCAACCGCCUGCCAAACCUCCUCUUUACUAUCACGUGCGCUACGGACCGUCCGAAUCGAAAGGAGUGGCUCCGUUUGUGACGUGGCAGUUGGCGGCGAAACGGGAGGUCCGAGUGGACGGAUCGCUUUCCAGUUUCAGUCUGGAUAUACCCGAAGAUGAAGACUUUGGAGUUCAGGUCGGUGGAGCACGUUUCUCAGAGGUUUAUUUAAAACUUUUCCAGGUGUGCGCAAUCUUAUCAAAAAAGCGGAAACGGCCAAAGUUCGGAGUGAUUCAAGUGAUUCCUUUCCAGUGUUCCAGUUGCAAAUCUUCCCGUGAGUCUCUUUUCCAGUUCUUCGGUUUUCUAUGCUAUUACAGAGACCACCAAAUGCGGUGACUGUGGUCCGAUUCUCGGAUCGACAAUAGCCGAAAAAGAUUGGAAAGGGAUCGGGCCGAAGCAGGUGGAGUUGCCCGGAAGCACGUUCGCCCCCAAAGCGCCCACUUCAACUGUGUACAGAAUGGAAACGGACCUGUCAGUGUCUGGAAAUCGACUUCCGGCACAUCUUAAAGUCAAAUCUGGAGCUGUAAGCAACCAUUAGACAUUAUGAAAAUGAGAGAAAGUUGUGUGUUUUUGUUUCAGAGACACUCCACCGAUUUGCCGAUUGAGCUGGAGAGGGCAGAACAGAUAAACAAGGAUACGAGCGGGGAGACGACUUUAGUCGAACCUCGGACAACCACAUUCUCACCCACAACAGAGGCGCCGGCUAGUACUUCAACUGAAGAAUUCACCACGACCACCACUACGACUGAAUUGGCAACAACUACAACUGAAGUAGUUGCUGUAACAUCUUCUGAAACUGUAGCUGAAGCUGAAACACCAGCAAGCUCGAAAGAAGAGAUGAAUAGGAAGAUGUUGAGCGAUGAGAUUGAAAAGUCGGUGGAGAAUCUGGAGAAAGUGAUUCAAGAGUCGGUGAACAGUCAGAAUGGCGACGAGGACGGACUGAACAGUACCGUCGUGGAGCAAAUCGACAGAGAAUUGGAGCAGCGGCUGGAGGAGGCCGCGAAACAGUUGCAGGACUCAGUGAGCCCCCAAUUUUCUCAUCAAUCGACUCUUCUCUUUCAGCUGACGAAUCUCGUAGGAAACUCGAGCGAAGUGAGACACCACGAGAAGGCGAAAAAGUGUCUGACGAGUGCGGGCGUCGUCUGCGAAUUCGGCUGCGAGGACAGAAAGACGUGGGUGUUCGGUGGUCCGGGGAAACGAGAAACGAACGAGAAAAACAAACAUAUUUCAGAUGCGUGUGCCCGGCGACCACCCACGCACGUCUCAUCAACGGUAUUUGUGCGAGUCGCGAGACGAUGCUGCACACGAUUUGUCUGCCACGCAAGGAGAUAAAUGCCACGUGGGAUUCCGAGAGCGGGAACAUAAUGGUCAGACGGAGCGACGCGCUGUUUCAUAUUGAGAAUGCGGAGAAUGUGGACAAGCUGUUCGUAGAGUUUGGCAAAGUGCAACUGGAUCCGGAGCACGAGAACAACGAGACGAAGAUUCAGUUCAACGACACGCAUCGGAGCAAGAUUGUUGUGCUCAUUCAGGUGAGCGAAAGUAGGAAAUGGCUCUAGCAACUGGGUUUCCACUUACAGACCGUCCUGAAGUCCUCGGUCUUCUCAACAGAACCGUUCAUCUUUCACGUUAACCAGAGCAUUGACAUGAACACCACGUACGGAAUGCGAUUCUGUGUAUUCAACUCAUCGCAGAUCCGAGUGAGUUCGGGCUCAAAGUUCAAAGAAAACGCCUGAAUCAUUCAGAGCCCUCACAACUACAAUUGGGACGACGUGAGCCGAUUCGAGAAAAACGAGCAGAUUGCCGAGGUGAUUCAACUGUCGCUGUCGCCGGUCCGGUUCACGAAUAAGUUGCCGCUUCUGUAUUCGGGCGGGGACACCUACUGGAGCACCGUGAUGACCAUCGCGAAGAUCUCGAUUCUCGUGAUUCUCGCGAUCGCCAUUUUCAUUCUCGUCUACCUGAACUGCACAAAAUUCCGGACGCUGUACGACAGAAAGCGUACACACUACUUCCGUCCGUUCUACAUCGAUCCAUCGGUAACUUUCCUAUUUGCUGUCUUGGAUGGCUAUGACUCCCCUUCAGAUUCACCUCUCCAACACGGCGCCCUCCUCCAGAAGUAGCGGUGGUCUGAAGCGAGAAGCGUCGCGUGGCUACUACGACGUUCGCAACUCUCAUCUGAUGAUGUAA